CUAAUCAGCAAUUUGUACUAAAAGAAAUCUUGUUUUGUUUUCUAGUUUAUUUUAAAUCGUUAUUUAUAAAGUAAAAUGUGGAUUUUUCAUUGUUUCUUAGCCUAAAAUGUGCGCCAUUGAGCUUUUAUUUUUAAACGAACGCUUUUAUUUUGAAUGACUACCGGAACACGGCCCAGACGGAUAAACUGCUCAUAGUUCGAUUCGUCAACAUUUCCUGUCCCAACAGUCUGUCCGUCUCAGUUUUCUGUGCGUGACCGCUGGAAUAUCUGUCAUUACGUUAGCUCCGGGGCUGAAUGGAAGGUGGCGAGAAACAGAACCGAAACGAACCGAGCCGGUCCGGCCCGUGUCGGGACAUGAAAGAUGGAAGCUCCCAGACCGACUGCAGGAUACGAGGUCACGGCCCCAGGUUGUCCAAAGUAAACCUGUUUACUUUGCUGAGUCUGUGGAUGGAGAUGUUUCCUCGUGAUCCGCCCGAGGAGAAGGAGGAGGAGGAAGAGGAGGAGGAAGAGGACAGUCGUCAGAUCCGUGGGAUGGGCCUGGUGGUGGUGCGAGAAGGCAAAGUGGUGGGCCUCCACUGUUCCGGUCCCGAGCUGCACGCAGGACAAGCCGCCGUUCUCCAGCACGGCGUCCGUCUCGCCGAAAGUCAGCUGUACUUCUCCAGGAGACCGUGCGCCACCUGUCUGAAGAUGAUCAUCAACGCUGGAGUCAGUCAGAUCUCCUUCUGGCCUGGAGACCCUGAAAUCAGCAUGCUGGAGUCCUCGCCGCCCGGCUCCGUCAGGGAGGAGGCCGCGCUGCUGGACGCCGUGGCAACGGAGAAGCUGAAGUCCAACAGCCGGCCUCACGUCUGCGUGCUGCUGCAGCCGCUGACCCCCGACCUGCUGCAGUUUGUCAACGAGACGUCCAGAGACUGCGACUUCAGGGAGAGGCAGAACGAGGACGACGCGGCGGCGGGAGACGGCUUCAACAGAGAACGCGUCAGAUACCUGAGGGCUUUUUCCAGAAGGUUCCUCGUUUGCACGUCCCAGCAGCACAAGGAGAUCCUGACCCAAAUGGGCUUGGAGAACUUCUGCGCGGAGCCGUACUUCUGCAACCUGAGGCACGACAUGAGAGAGCUGGUGGAGGUUCUGGCCGCCGUGGCUGCCGGGGUCCCACGGCACCGCCACGGCUUCCACAGAGAACAGUCCUGGACCUCAUGGGGGCCUCAGGAGGAAGUAGCCCAGGAGGUGGCACGCCACUGCAUCAUCCAAGCCAGGCUGCUGGCCUACAGGACGGAGGACCCUAAAGUGGGCGUGGGGGCAGUUAUUUGGGCAAAAGGAAAGCGGGUUGGUUUUGGUGGAACGGGCCGUCUGUCCCUGGUGGGUUGCGGGUACAACGCUUACCCGGCCGGCUCCAAGUACGCGGAGUACCCCCAAAUGGACACCAAGCAGGAGGAUCGUCAGAGACGAAAGUACAGAUACAUGAUCCACGCCGAGCAGAACGCCCUCACCUUCAGGACGCGUGACAUCCGAGCAGAGGAACCCACCAUGCUGUUUGUGACCAAAUGUCCGUGUGACGAGUGCGUCCCUCUGAUCAGAGGCGCCGGGAUCACGCACAUCUACACCUCCGACCAGGACCGAGACAAAGACAAGGGCGACAUCUCCUACCUGAGGUUCAGCAGCCUGACGGACAUCAGCAAGUUCAUCUGGCAGAGGAACCCUUCGGAUUCUCCGGCGGCUUCUUCUCACCUCGUCAACGGUUACCUCGGGAAACACGACCGACAGCCGGAGCCGGAAACCAACAGAAACAAGAAGCUGUGCACCCAAAGGCCCAGCGGCGCCCCCUCUGGCUGCUGAGCGCUUAUAACAGUAGGUGGCGCCGACAAAGAUUUCCGUUUUUCGGCACAGAUUUGACACCUGUGUCCUCUUUUGAACUGAGGGAGGUGGCUGUAGGAGGAGAAGGUUUGUGGCACGUUUAAAACUUGAAUGACAUUUAAAUGAUGUACACACGGCGCUUUACCGAGCCGAAAACUUUUGUUUUUGGCUCUUCAGUAGAAGAAUUGUGUUUUUUUUGUGUUUUACCGCCAGAUUUAUUUGUGUGCACUAAAAUAUUGAUUUUAUUUUAUUCUUUUUUUAAGCCCAUUUUAUUGUUGCUUCGGAACAACAAAGUGUUUCUGUCUUUUAGGAUAAAACCCCAAAAACUGCACCCACAUCCUUUUAUUGGUAGUGAAUGUGGUACAAUAGAAAGGCUGUGGAAACUAGCCGGCUGCUUUCAGACUGUGGGGGAAAUAAAAUCGCACCUUCGCCUGGAAACGUGUGAAAAAUGAUCCUUUUUAUUUCAGAUUAGCUGCUGCUAAAAAAAAAAAAAAAAAGAAAAGUUGACACACAAUUCCAAUCACAGGUUUACAUGCUGUUGUUUAUUUAGUUUUCUUGUUUUUUAAUUAUUUUUUUUUGUGAACACACAACUGGAUUUUCCUCUUUUUUCUUCUUUCAUUUCAUUUCAACUUCAGAUCCCAAAAUAAAAAGCAUCUAAAUCAUGUUGGUGCUUAAAGAAAAAAUUUAAUAUUAUUUGAAUAAUAAACAAAAGAAAUGCAUCAACUGAAA